AGCUCAAGUGUGUUCUUCGAAUUUAACGAUGGAAAUUCAAGUUGAAUAAAGAAUUUGUUUAAAUUUUGUUAUUCCAACAAAAUUUCGGCUUCAGACGCCUUAAAAAUGUUGCAGACAACCUAUGGGGACUCUGCUCUAUCGCGUGCACGUGGUUUCCAGUGGUACAAAUCGUUCAAAGAGGGCCGUACAUCGGUUGAAAACUUGCCUCAUGAAAGUCGUCCAGCAACAUCAGUAAACGACAAAACAUCGGAAAAGUAAAGGAAAUUGUGCUUGAAAAUCGCACAAAUCGCAAAAUCAGUUAACGCUGUAUAUUAUUUAGACGUUUUAAAGCGUUUGCGCGAGAACAUUCGUCUUAAAAGGAAGGAAUUGUGGGACAACAAGUCAUGGUUCUUGCAUCACGAUAAUGCACCAGCUCAUGAUAUGGCUCCAUGUGACUUUUUCCUGUUUCCCAAGCUCAAGUUGCCGCUCCGUGGAAACCAUUUUGAGACAAUUGAAGUCAUAAAAGAGAAUUCGAAGAACACACUCGAGCUUGACUUGUUUACAGUAGCACAAAAAACAAACUAUGUGACAUAUCACGCUGAAAUUUGCCAUUUUUUAUUUGGAGUAUACUAGAUGGAUUGUUGGAUAAGACAGACUCUAUUAUCGGAAAAUCUAGAUGCAACAUCCGAUUGUUUCAAAAUACUAAGCUGGCUAAAUAUAGAAUAUUCUGGUAUAUUAACGUAUAAACAAAUUGAAACGAUUUUAGUAUGCGCAGCGUUCGUUGAAAGUUGCUUUGAAAUUGCGGGAGAUGAUUUAGUAAAAAGCAUAUUAGAUAAAUAUACGCAUGACAGACUGUCUUUUAAAGAGCAUUACACAAAACUUAAUGCUAUGGGAGUUACGCUUCAUUCAGCAGCCAGAAUUUUAGCCACUGCUGAGGGCUAUAAGCAUGUUUAUGCUGUAGAAAACAUUUUGAAACUAUUGAAGAAUGACGUUAGUCUCUUAUAUAAUAAUAAGACAUGCACAAAGAAUUUAAAUGCAAAUUCUUCCCAGUUCAAAAUGAAUUUGUUAGUACAAAGGAUGUUUCAAUUACCACCGGAAAAUAUUGAUAUAGCGAUCGAAAGGUUGCUUUUAAAUUGUGAUUUUUCUCUAAUUGGAUAUAUAUUUUUAGACCCUCCAAGCAGUUUAUAUGUUAGCAAAUAUAAGAUAUUGGAACAUAAAAUAUGUAAAAGAAUCUCUGAUGGAAAUCUAGAUCCAUCUUUCAUUAGAUCAAUGUUCGUGACUGUUUCAAAUUCAUCGAAAGGAGCUAUGUUUUUUAAGUCUUGUCUUGAAAAUAAAGCUUUCGGAAAUAGCUUAGUAACAUUCUUCAUAUCCUACUUCCAGAUUUUUGAAAAAGAAAACGUGCAUUUAAAUAGCCACAAUAGUUUAUCUGAAAUACUUUGUUUAGUGCACUGUGUGCUGUCUUCGAAAUCUCCCGCUCGUAUAAAAUUGUACACAACAAUAUGUAAAAACGAAACUAUUGCUCGUCUCAUAAAUAAAAAAGUUUUUAUUUAUAACUAAAAUAAUUACCCUAUAGAGUAUUGUGUUUUAAAAAUUUUAAGUAAUACUUGCUUUCUUUCUUCCUCUUUAAGCAUCCUUAUGCACAGACGAUCAUGUAGUUUUGAUUUAGUAACCCCCUAACUGCCCUAUUUUGUCAUCAUACCAAUCUGACUUUUCAAGCCUAAGCUCAAUUAGACAACGUUUAAUUUCGUGCAUAAUGAAAACUCGUCGCCAUAGCAAGUAGUAAUAAAUUUAAUGUUCAUUAUUUUGCUGUUUAUUCAUAAAUAAAUAUAUUAUAAUAUUGUACAAAAAUCAAA